CCGUGCGGGCACGAUUCGUCGUGGACGGGCAGAGUGCGAUCCCAGGUUCCUAUAACACAAAAACAACACUGAAAUUUCGCGCAACAAAGAGCGCUUCAAAUCGAAAUAUCAUAAAAUUAAAUAAUUUUAUAUGUGUUAAAUUUAAAGUGCUAAUUAUUACAUAUAUAAUCAACAAAGUGCGUCUUAAACUGACUUUCGUUUUUAAAAGCGUAUUUUCUCAUAAAUUUAUUUAUAAAAUAUAUUCAGUUUUAUUGUUGUCUGUGCCAGUGUAAACCAAUCAAAAUGGGUUGCGCCAUCGAGAUCGUCAAGUAUUUGGUGUUUAUAUUUAACCUGGUAUUUUCGUUGAUAGGAGUAGCGCUAUUAGUAAUCGGCGUCUACUUUCACUUCAACAUGUACAGCCUAGGAGUGGAUGAAGGAGCCCCAAUGUACCUGAUAGCAGUUGGUGCAGUCGUGUUUAUCAUCUCAUUUUUCGGCUGUGUGGGCGCCAUUCGUGGCAACAGUUGCAUGCUUAAAACGUACGCUGUGCUGUUGAUACUCCUCUUGAUUAUACAAAUCUGCAUCGGCACUUAUGAUUUCAUCGCCCUCAAAGACGUUAAGUCCGUACAGAAGGAGGUCAAAGAGAAUGUUCAAGAAAUGUUCGAUAACUACAACGCGACUACCAACGCCCGCGAAGAAAUGGACAACUUACAACAAUUGUUGACCUGUUGUGGUGUAAAUGGCCCAGAAGAUUGGCUCAACAACAUCCCUCUGAGUUGUUGCCAGAUCCCUGAAGAAUCUACCAAAAAAGUCUGCACGCGUACGAGUAAUACUCUUUCAACUGACGGAUGCGCAAAACGCGGUACAAGCAUGAUGCUCUAUAUCCUGCGAGCAAUCGGUUAUGUCCUUUUCGCCACGGGCGUUUGGGAAUUGCUUGGUAUUUUUGGCGCGUUCUGUUUGAUAAAUUCGCUUAAGAAUCAAUACAGAAGAGGUGUCUAUGCUUAAUCGUACUUGAUGCCUAUAAGAGAGUACUUUACUGACAAAUAGAAGAGUUCUCAAAAGUGUUUUGACACUUAACUCUUGAGUGCACUUAUCUAAUAAGAUACAUUUAUGUGUUUACUUAUUUAUAAAAGCAAAUUUUUGUAUAUUACAUUGUAUUUUCUAUAAUUAAGUGCUUUCUUCUCUUUCUUUCACCUUUCCGCGAUAUUUGAAGUGGAAAGAAUAAUUUUGUACAUUUAGAAGACUGCCACCGUAUAUAUGUGUAAAAUGUAUGUAGUAGUAAAUAAAGUUGGUCGAAAACAAAACAA